AUGAUCAGCAGCAACAAAAUCACCGCCUUGUGUCUCGCCGUCGUGGCUCUGUCGAACGGCGCAUACGCUGAAGAACAAGCCGCUCAGACGUUCGGACUCCUGCAUGGCGGUGCAGGCUUGUACGGAGCUGGUCGAGCAGGUGCUGGCGCGGGACUCUACGGACGUGGUGUCGGUGUCGGUGUCGGUAACGGAUACGGCGGGGCUGGCAUUGGGGCUGGUGUUGGUGGUACUGCUGGUCUGGGCGGAACUGCCGGUCUCGGGGCCGGCGCCGGGCUCUACGGACGUGGCGCUGGUAUCGGCAAUGGAUACGGCGGGGCUGGAGUCGGUGGCACUGCUGGCAUUGGAGCUGGCGUGACUGGCACAGGAGCUGCUAAUGCUGGUGUGGCUGGCACCGGAGCUGCUAAUGUUGGCGUGAACGGAGCCGCGAACGGAGGAGUCAGCGGCGGUGCUAAUGGUGGUGUGAGCGGCACUGCUGGUACAAACGCAGGAGCUGGUGUCGGUGGUGGCGUGAGCGGAGCUGCUAACGGUGGAGUGGGUGGAACGGCCACUGGUGGCGCGAAGGCGAGCACCGGGGCCACGACUACAGGAGCGGGAACUGCCAACACCGGCGUCACUACCCAAAAGGGAUACCGCAAGCUUCGCACGGAGUGAACCAACUAAACUCGAGUGUACGCUGAAAGCUCAGACACCGCGUUCAUAUUG